AUGGAAAAAUUACUGGCGCCCGCUCGACCAGUUCGAAGAUCAACGGGAGUCAAGGGCGGGAAUUUUCGCAUGGCAGCACGCCGCCAGUCUGUGACAGCUCAAAUAUCGCGGCAGGCAAGACGGCUGUCUACUGUCAUCGCGCCGCAAUUUACGAAAAUUGAGCCUGUGAACAUUUUACAAAAGGUUGAAGGUGUCGAAAUAAGGUUAAGCGACACAGCACAGUAUCAACGCGCCGUUGAACAGUAUAUAAUGCGAAAUUCAGUGCAAUUUGAUCCGGUCGAAUUCGACAUACUGGAUCCUGGCGGAUACCGUAUCAUGCAAGCUAGUCUUUAUCCGGAUGGAUUGAUGGUGCAUGAAGGAAAACGGAAAGUGUGUGAAUUAUCGCUGGCAAAUGACGAAGACUCGCCCUGCUGUAUCGUUAAGAUCAAACAUCCAGUAACGAGUAUGACUGUUUACGAGUUGCGAGAUAUGGGUGGAACAAUAUGUAUCCAGUCAAAUACGGAUGAAAUGGAUGGAACUCGAAUUGUACCGUCCCGUGCGACAUGGAUGAGUCUACUGUUCGCAUGUGGAUGUGUUUUCUCCAGAGAAAGAUGGCUACUUCUCACUCAGGAUACGACACGGGCCGUUAUAGCACCAGUUUCCUCAUUUUUCCGUGAGAACACUGUAAAAAUUGAAUGGGCGACAAGCAGCGAAAACGAGAUUCGCCUGAUCGGUCUCUCGUUCGGACUAAUUCAAAUGAUCCGUGAAGCUUACCCUUCGCUCAUGCAUAUAGUUAAAGAAUUUCGCACUCGUAGAGGAUGA